AUUAGAUUUUUGUAUUUAAGGCGCCGGAUACAUAAUAAUAUAAGUGAAUUUCGAAGACGUCCAAAAUGUUGUGGCAGUUUUUGCCCGUGUGCCUUCUGGUAGUUCUCGUCAAGGCUGACAAAUUGCUGCUUGACGUUGGCGUGGACCCCAGCCAAGAUGAUUCUGGUGUGAUAAUGAUGAAUUCCGCCAUGACCGAUCGGUUCGUGCGCCAGAGCGAUUACGGACAUGAAAACGGUGUUGAACACAGGGUGCAACUCAAGGGAAUUCGUGUAGACUGUGGAGCUGCAUCAGUGGACGGUGUAAUAGCAGUGGAAAUUGAAUUUCUGGAACCGUUUAACGGCGUGAUCUACAGCAAAGGUCGACACGAUGAUCCCAAAUGUAGAUUUGUGCAAAGUGAUUCAGGACAAUACUCAUAUCAGUUCCUUAUACCGAUAGAAGAUUGUCGUCCUCCUGUAAAUGAGGGUUGUUCAUCUACCGAAGAUGGUGGUGGCUGUGACUUAGGUUCUAUUGAAAACACAAUAAUCAUCCAGACAGAUAGCACAAUCCAGGAAGAAUGGGAUUUAGCACGAAAAGUCUCAUGUCCAUCAGAAACAAAACCAGGUACAGGUAAACGAGUGCGAUUCAAGCCUAUUGUAGUUGAUAUGUUAGAAGUUGUUUCUGUUCCUUCCGGGAAUGAAGGAACAUUACAAUGUUGGAUGGAUAUACAAAGAGGUCAAUAUCCAAAUAUAUCACCAGUUGACAAAAUUAUAAAAAUUGGUGAAUCGCUUUCUUUAAUUGUAUAUGUAAAAAGUACUGAUGAAGCUUACGAUGUUAGAGUAAGAGAAUGUUGGGCAUAUGAUGAUGAUAAUUAUGAAUCGUCAACUACUACAAGUAUACAAUUAACAGAUUCAUCAGGGUGUCCAAAGAGAAAAAAAUUGAUAUCACACUGGAAAAAAACCCAAAAAGUUGAUCAAAGUGGUAUAACAACAAUUGGAUACACGAAUGUCACAGCAUUCAAAUUCCCAGACAAACACCAAGUAUACCUCACUUGUAAUGUUGAAUUAUGCUUGGGAAAUUGUCCAGAAGAAAAAUGUCAAUCAACCUUACCAAAUUAUUCAACAACUCCAGUACCAAUUUGUUACCCAGGAUCAACUGAUCCUAGAUGUCCAAAACCAUCUCCGCCUCCCACAACUUAUCCAAUUCCAUCCACGCCUGCUCCACCUGUAUGUUAUCCGGGAUCAAAUGAUCCAAGGUGUCCUAAACCAUCGCCACCUCCAACAUACUAUCCUUCACCAUCAACACCAGCACCACCAGUAUGUUAUCCUGGAUCAAACGACCCAAGAUGUCCAAAACCAACACCACCGUCAACCACUCCAGCGCCAGUUUGCUAUCCAGGAUCAAAUGACCCAAGGUGUCCUAAACCAUCACCACCUCCUACAUCUUAUCCCACUCCAUCAACACCGGCCCCACCAGUCUGUUACCCAGGAUCAAACGACCCAAGAUGUCCAAAACCAACACCACCGUCAACCACUCCAGCACCAGUUUGCUAUCCCGGAUCAAAUGACCCAAGGUGUCCUAAGCCAUCUCCGCCACCAACGUACUAUCCACCGCCAUCUACACCAGCACCACCUGUAUUUUGUUACCCAGGAUCCAAUGACCCCAGGUGUCCUAAACCACCACCCCCUCCUACAUCUUAUCCAACUCCAUCAACACCGGCCCCACCAAUCUGUUACCCAGGAUCAAACGACCCAAGAUGUCCAAAACCAUCUCCACCACCAACAUACUACCCAUCACCUUCAACACCAGCACCACCAGUCUGUUAUCCUGGAUCAAACGACCCAAGAUGUCCAAAACCAACAUUGCCACCUACUACCCCAGCACCAGUUUGUUACCCAGGUUCAACUGAUCCAAGAUGUCCAAAACCAUCUCCACCACCAACAUACUACCCAUCACCUUCAACACCAGCACCACCAGUAUGUUAUCCUGGAUCAAACGACCUAAGAUGUCCAAAACCAACACCACCGUCAACCACUCCAGCGCCAGUUUGCUAUCCAGGAUCAAAUGACCCAAGGUGUCCUAAACCAUCACCACCUCCUACAUCUUAUCCAACUCCAUCAACACCAGCACCACCAGUCUGUUACCCAGGAUCAAACGACCCAAGAUGUCCAAAACCAACACCACCGUCAACCACUCCAGCACCAGUUUGCUAUCCCGGAUCAAAUGACCCAAGGUGUCCUAAGCCAUCUCCGCCACCAACGUACUAUCCAUCACCUUCAACACCAGCACCACCAGUAUGUUAUCCUGGAUCAAACGACCCAAGAUGUCCAAAACCAACAUUGCCACCUACUACCCCAGCACCAGUUUGUUACCCAGGUUCAACUGAUCCAAGAUGUCCAAAACCAUCUCCACCACCAACAUACUACCCAUUACCUUCAACACCAGCACCACCAGUCUGUUACCCAGGAUCAAAUGACCCAAGAUGUCCUAAACCAACAUUACCACCAACUACUCCAUCACCAGUUUGCUACCCAGGAUCAAAUGAUCCAAGAUGUCCGAAGCCAUUACCACCACCUACGUCAUAUCCAGUGCCAUCAACACCUGCACCACCUGCAUGUUACCCUGGUUCUAAUGAUCCACGAUGUCCAAAGCCAUCCCCACCACCAACAUAUUAUCCAGUACCUUCUAAACCAACUUGCUACCCAGGAUCAACUGAUCCACGUUGUCCACAAAUCGCCCCUGUUCAAACUCCUUUUGUUUGUUUGUGCAACAGUUCAACUCCUAAACCUAUUACACCCCCGUUGUGUUAUUCUGGUUCCACCGAUCCUCGUUGCGUUAGUCAAGAGUCAGUGGUAUGUUAUCCUGGUUCCCCGGAUCCAAGAUGUCCACAAUAUCCUUCUUCAACACAAUAUCCGCCUACGUAUUUACCGCCUCUUGAACCAUUAUAUGAAGGAGGAAAUAAUAAAUUCAUACAAGAAGUGACUACCCAGUAUCCAUCUUAUAUAUCUACUGAUGAUAGUUUUGGUGGUCAGCAGCAAUUGGAUUUGUUUAAUAAAGCUUUAAAUGGAUUUAAUAUUCAAAGGAGAGAUGUAGAGUCUGGUAUUCGACAGUUAAAAUCGCAGUUGAAAAAUGAAAUUGGUAACGAAAAUUUAGAUGCGUUAGAUAGCUUAGGAGAUGAAUUGUUACUUGAACUACAAAAUCAAUCGGAAUCUCAGAAAAAACGUUAAAUCUAAAUGUUCAUUUAAAAUUGUAUUAUUAUAAAGUCAUAGUUUUUUAAUUUGCCAAUUCAAAUGUAAUGUUUAUUUAAAUUG